GUUAGAUGGUGGCCAGAUAUAUGUAACGUUAAAGUUAGCUCGCCACCCCUGAAAUCCAGCCUGGGAAAUCUCCUCCGGUGCUCGGUUUACUCACUUGUUUUUCACAGUCCUCGUCAGCCCAAGAGUCAACUCGUGAACCGCGGAAAACGUAAUAACUCCAUGUGUCUUUGUCGGCGCUCAAAUGUCGUCUUUUCACCGUGACUCGUUCCUGUUUGUGCUCCACACAGCCUGUUUAAAAGGACCGACUACUCCUUUCAACAGCUCCACUGGUAAUGACGCUGCGCCGCUGGCCUGGGCGGAGCAAGGCUGUCUCCCUCUCUCUCAAACACCACCCACACAUGACUAACACCGCCCGAUACACCCACCAAGCGUUCGUGGGUUCUCACGGCUGAAACCCCUUGACUUAAUAAUUCAAGAGACCACUCAUAAUGGAGAUGGUUAAUCUACAAUCAAAGUGCAUGCGGUAAAAGCUCAUCCUUGACUCUUAACUACCUGAGGAGCAACCCAACAGUCGUCAUGGAGACGUCAUCUUCUACAGAGACUUCCGUGAUAGAGAGUAUACCAGACAUUGCUGUACGGGACCAAACAAGAGGCACACAGAUGGCAGUUUGGAAGUUUGAGGUCAGUGUGCACACUGCGAGACACGGCUCUACAUUAGGCUUCAAGAGUCUUUUGUUGGAGAAAAAUAAGAAGGAAGAUUGCAGCGAUGUAUCGAUCACCCUCUCUGGAAAACAAGGAAUUGAUGGCUCUGUAUGGUGGGGAAAGAGAGCACUUCUUUGUUAGGGAUGAGGACUGUGGCAGUGAGCACUAUGAUCUGAAUUCAGAGUGUAACGAGGAGACUAAAGGGUGCAGGAAGGUUCGCAGGUCUCUGUCCCUGGAAAUCUAUGGCCUUCAGAGGGAACCGCACGUAAACUUCUCCAACCAAGAGUACUACAGAAGACUGGAGGAGCUGAAAAGCGCACACCUGAGGAACAUGGCUGAGCUGGAGAAGAUGUACAUCAGCCAGGGCAGGAGGGAUGAUAAUGAGGGCGUUGGAAGAGAAGAAAACAGAGAGGCCAGACUGUCAAUCAGUAGCGGCCCUUUGAGAAAACUCCAGAGGAUCAAUUCCCAGGAGGAGCUGGACUUCCACGAGACAUCAAGUGGCUCGGACCAAUCAGAACUCUGCGGAGCGGACAGCACAGGGGAACUAGAGCUGGACAAUCCAAGAAGGACUUACAGCCUGGACCAAACCUUUGGGAGGGAUAUCCUGCUGAGCCCUGAAGAAAUGAAUACCCAGAAGCAGUUUCGAUUCCAGCCCAAGUCCUCCUUUCCUAAUUCUCAAGGAAAAGUGUCCCGUCAAAGUGGGGUCAGGGUCAGGCCAAACUCUAAGGUUACUGUGCCCAAACCCUUUCAGAUGAUGCUGCGAGAGGAGGAGAGGAAGAGGCACCGGGUGCGAACACGUUCAGAGAUAGAGCUGGAGAAUUCGCUGCUGAGACAAGAGUUGGAAGAGCUCCGAGAAUGCCAGAAACAAUUCAGGGCAUCACCUGCACCAGCACACAUAUAUCUGCCUCUCUAUGAAAUUACCAGUCGCAGCUCCAGUCAGCGAACCAACUGGUCCAGAAGUGACAACAGUAACAGCAAAAACAAGAUCUCUAAUGCUGCUUCACAACAGCCUUUCCAUUUCCUAGAGAGAGAGAGGAGGAAGAGGGAGGCGAAGAUUGUGGCAGAGCUGGGAAAGCACAAACCUAAAGGGGAGCGACAGGCGUUCAAGGCUCGGCCUAUGCCCAGUUCGGUGUAUGGUACCAGACACAGAGCAGGCACCAGGACAACAAGCCACCAGCCCAAGUCUCCAACCUGGACACAGGAGAGGGAGGUCACUGAAAGUGAUCUAAACUCAGACAUGGAGCCAGACGUGCUGUGGUCAGAGUCCAAUACUACUCCUGACUCCUACAGAGCUCAGAUAUGUCCACACCCCAGGCCAGUGAAGAGGCAAAUUGAGCUCUCCAUUGAAAUGGUGAAGGAAAGGCAGUGGUCCUAAAUCAACCCUCUCUAAGCCAGUGCUGGAAACACUUACACCAUGUUUAAAAGACAGUGUUCAGAAAAAAACAGAGAAAGACAUUAAAAUAACAAAACAAAUAGCUACAUGUAAACUUAUUUUGUUGUACGGUAGACUAUUGAAUAGUCAUUUAUUGUACAGUUAUUGGUAAGUAGACCUAUGCUUUAAAACAGAUGGAAUAAGUGUUGUAUUGUGCAGCAGGUUCAGUGUUCUUAAAAGUAAUUUAUGGAUAUUUUAAGCUCUUUUCUUCAAAGUUCUCUGCAACUUGACUUUUAUUCAUCUGUUCAAACACACAGAUGGCAUCAAGUUACGAUGCUUAACAAUCAGAAGCUGGGGAUCGAACCACCAACAUCACAAUUAUUAAAAGAUCUGCAGUCACUUCUGAGCUGCAGUCUCAGUGAUAAUUUCUUAAUAUUUCAAAUGUAACCAUAAUUGAUUCACUGUUCCUCAUUAAUACAUAUUCUGUUUCUGGAUUAUUUUGUAAUUUUUCUUCUCCAUUAAACUUUUUCAAAUG